AUGGGCUUAGCUUUAGUAUGGGAGAAUUGCUCAUGUGAGGAAUCAAUGAGUGAAUAUCUAGGCUAUAGCAAUAAGCUGGACAAAGUUGAUGGACUAACAACAGCCAAAGAAGUCUGGGAAGCUCUAGGGCUUGCCUAUGAAGGUACAACAAAUUUCAGACAAGCCAAAGUGAGUUUACUUGUCGCUGAAUAUGAACCCUUCAAGAUGAAAGAAAAUGAAAGCAUUGAUGACAUGUUUGGAAGAUUCCAAACCUUCAAGUAUGAAAAUGUUGAUCAAAUCACGAAGAUCCUAAGAUGCCUUCCUAGGCGAUGGAGACCCAAAGUCACCGCCAUUAAAGAAGCUAAAGAUCUUAGCACACUAAGAUUGGAAGAUCUCCUUGGAUCUCUGAAGGUUCAUGAAAUAGAACUUGCCCAUGACGAAGGACUGAAGAAGCAGAAGAACAUUGUGUUCAAAGCCAACAGUUCCAAAGCCAGUCAAGCAAAGGAACAAUCGGAAGAAGAAGAAUCCUCUGAAGAAUUGUCAGAUGAUGAACAAGGACUCUUCAACAAAAAAUUCAAGAGGAUGUGGAUCAAACAACAAAGAGGAAAAGAUACAUCAAAGAAAGACAACAAACGAGAAUCAAGUCUGAAAAAGAAAUCGUUCACUCACAAAGGUGAAAGCGGCUCAAAUGCAGACAAAAGCAUCAUUACGUGCUUUGAAUGCAAAAAGUCGGGCCACAUCAAGCCGGGCUGUCCGAGACUAGCUAAAAAGUCAAUCAAGAAACCAUACUACAAGAAAAAGAAAGCCUUAGCAGCUGGAUGGGAUGACUCUGAGGACGGUUCUAAAGAUGACGAUGAAGACGAUGAUGAAGAUGCACACUUUGCACUCGUGGCAUCUGCAAACAGUUCAGACGAUGGUGAUGACGAUGAGGUAAAAACCGAAAACCUUAAAGAAGAAUUCAAUGAAUUACUUGAACACUCAUAUGCAUUAUCUGAAAAAUACAAAGCUCUAAAGAAACAGUUUGCUAAGCUUCAACUAGAACAUGAAAAGGUUUUGUCUGAAAAGAACCACAUAGUUAAAGAAAAUACUGCCUUAAAGGAACAAGAUUCUGCUAAAGAAGUAGUUGUCUUAAAGAAAAGAGUUAAAAUAUUAAUUGACGAUUUAUCUACUUUCACCAUUGGUCAUGAUAAUCUAGUUAAACUGUGUGGCAACAGUCGUGAACUGUACGAUAAAAGCGGAUUAGGUUUUGAUAGUGAAUCAACCUCAUCUAGUGAAACCAUGUCCGAUAUAUCUUUUACAUCAUCUGAUUCUGGUCAAACUAAAUUUGUUGUGAACUGCAUAAUUGAGCGAGAUGAAAGCAAAACCUUUUAUGAAAAGAAGGUUUCUCCUAAAAAUGCUACUAACCCUUCAGGACCCAAGAAAAUAUGGGUACCUAAAAAGUCAAUUAUCUCUGUUGCAGACUUACUUAACAGAACAAAGGAAACGCCAACAAUGUGUAGUGUCACUGAUACCGAUGACAAGAUCAUCUUUGAAGCUUAG